UGAGCGCUUUACUUGGUGGAGGUUUCGCGUUGCUACGGUGAUCGCAGCGCUAUUACCACGGUGUCUAAGCAUGCAUUUCAUGCUCUUUAUUCACAACGAUUGGCAUCAAAGGCUCAUCACAGCGAACCGCACCGAAGUACGGCGCAUAGCAAAAUUUGUUCAAGUUCAGUCGGUUGGGCCGGUGUUGUUCCUCUGAGAAUGUGCGCUGCUCAUGAAAAAUUAAUGAAUUGCACAACGAAUGAUCCGCACCUGCGAUCCCAGCGCAGUACUAAUUGCGUAAAGUACGCUGCUAGAUUUGAGCACGUGUUCAUGACCGUGCGCUGUGGUGUGCUCAUUCCCUGUCUGCAAUCGGUACGGUGCAGGAUGUCUCCCUGCCACGCACACUCCUCAACACAAAAUUCGUUCUAAGGACCGUCUGUUGUUCGCCUUGGGCCUUUCACCUGCGUGCCGCAGCUUUGAUACCGAACAGUGCGCACUAUGACGUGGUACCUGGCAGGUGCACGAGCACUGCAAGCAUUUGCUGCGCGAAUGCUUCGGUUGACUCCUCCCAGGUGUUGCUUGCAUGCUCUGAACAGGUGCGCACGCCUGCUCUCAACGGCAGACCAAUCUGGGAUGUGCUCAUCUUCAGACCUGCUGUGAAUGCCUCGAGACGCGGCCUACCAAGCAGUGCUGUGCACCAGGAACCUUGCAGCACGCCGUUUGCUUACAGCAGCAUUCGGACACCGUUGCAGUGAUCGCGAAGAACCGCCCAAAGAAAAGCCGAGACUCGGCAACAAUCGGGCACUGGUGCAAACCUCAUCACCCGGUCGAAACGUGGAAGAUGUGUAAAACAGGUUUAAUACCUCGCAGCAGACAGCAAAAACACCAGACAGGCUGCGUUUACCGCAGAGUGUUCGGGCCUUGCAUGGUGCUCACGCCAUGCUACUGCUGCGACCAGGCCACUAGCGCCUUCUGCGCUUGCCCUCGUCAUAGCACUGCCCACCUCUUUCUUCAUCCGCCCUCCUCUUCCGCUCAUCGAACGGCUCUCCUCCUUUUCUGCUCUCGAUACGCCGUCUCUGUCCCUCCUCAUCGGAUCGUUUUCUCGCGCCCUCGUGGUACCGCCCUCCGCUCGUCUUCAUCCGUCCCCGCUUCCUCAUGUCGCCUUUGAAACUGCCGCCCGCAAACCCUCGUCCCCACUGUCUUCCCUCUGCAAAUCCGUAGUCCAUGUCUACCCACACGCUUUUUCCAUCGAUCACCAUGCUUGCGCUUGCCACACACGCCCUGGCACAGUUGGCAUGGCUGUAGAACUCAACAAAUGCGAACCCGCAGAACAGCCGGUUGUUCCUGUUCACGCCCAUUAUCACACGGCGCACAGGCACGUCGCCAAAAACCGUCCACAAACGCUCCUCCGUCGUCGAAAGCGGCAGGUUCCCGAUGUACAGCGUGCAUGUUGUCGAUAGAAGCUUCUCGUACUGCUCGUCUGUGCCCGUGAACGUUCUGUCUCUGUACGCCUUCUUCGGUGGCUGUGGGAAGUACUGCUGCAUGGGGGUGGUCAACGAUGUGCGAAAUAAGACGGUCUGACCGCGGAGAAGGGGUGUUGCAGGCACGGCCCGCGAGUAAAACAGACCUGCCAUGUUUUUAGCUGCAGCUACCGGCACACUCCUGCAACGUAGUAAAACGCGCUGUGCCCAUCACUCAUUAACACGACGUGUCGGUCAGCGAUGCUCACACGAAAAUUGUGCUGUCACAGAUGAUGCGGCGAACAGAUGGGUGAGGAAGUGCCAGCCCGUGCUGCAGCAGUAUCGGUAGAACGCGAGAGGCACGGCUGCGAACACUGUGAAGACCGACCGGCAGGAAGAAGCAAACCGCCAGCAUGCACGCCGGCCUUGGCCAGGCAUGGGCGUAAGAGACGCACCCGCAACAAAUCGUUUAUAACAAACCAUGCGUUGCCAUAGAAGCAGAUGCUGUGCGAUUAAUUCAUACUGUGCUAUUUUAUGUUUGGGUUUCUUUCUCUCAGCUCUCUGCCCUUUCGCCUCAUCACCACCCGUCUCCUCCUCUUUGGCUGGCCUUCGUUCGUUCUCUUCCCAUGUCCCCCACUAUGUGCUACACCUCCCGUUUCUGUCGGGUGCCUGCUCCCCUCUGCCCGUGCAUCCCCGCUCCUGAGCACGCCCCUCGCCAGAACAAACUUCUCUCUCAUUCCUCUCAUGUCCCCCACCAUUUGCUCCAUCUCUGCCACACACUCAUCCAUCAUCCGUAUCAUCUUUCCAUAGCGCACAUCGGUGAAGUACUCCGUCCUUAUUUUGUCCGUGAGCUGAUCGUUUCUGUGCAGGUUCAGGGAUGUCAUUGCCUGUUUGAGCGAUGAGAAGGUUUUUGAGAGCCUUUCGUUCAGAGACGGUGUUUUCUUCAUGCUGUCUGCAUUGCCAUGCAUUCUGCUUAAAUAGUGCUCAGACCGUGUUCAGGCACAGGACCGGAACGGAGCACGCUCGCCGCACUGCAGCGAUUCGCGUGCUCUGUGUCUGCGAACGGUCAUUGACACUGUUCAGCGGUUCUGAUGACUCACCGCACUUCUCGGCUUGUUCUGUCCCGAUCAGCAGAUUGCUGGCUCGAACCGUGCCACCGAGAAGGUGACAGCUCAUCACCACACGGCCCUUGCCACAUGACCGUCUUCCGGAUGCGCGCACUCCCCACAGACCAGUGCCUCAGUCUGUAGGCGCACGCCACCAGACACGACCGCACCACGUGAUACGCACAGCAACACCGGCCCGUGUCGAGUCCUCUGCUCCGCCCAGCGCAAAAUCCAAAACAAAAUCAAAACCGCAACAAAUAAAUAGAAACCCGGGCAGUCCGCGGCAUGUUCCUAUUCGUUUCCAUGGUACUCUCGCAGUGCAACCGCGAAGGCAUGUACAGACUGCCCAUACUCACAUACCUUGACACCGACACGGUGCAGGCCAUUGCCUUCGAGUCCGACAUGAUCCCUGCAAUCAGCGCGUACACAAAGGCAUCCAACUUCCUGGGCCAGGUGUUCAACGAGGUCAACGCGAUCCUCAUCGGGUACGGCGUGCAGCUGCAGCUGAGCCUGCAGUCCACAAUCAACCUUGCCCAGUUUCUCGACUGCGGACACCCGUCACCGAUAAACACGUUCAUGAAGAGCAUCGACGAGCGCAAGCGCUUCAGAACAAGGUACAACAAGCUGUUCAUCAUCUACUGCGACAACUUCUACAACUACCUUGAUCUGAACAGGGGAGUGUACAACGGAAACAGCGAGUGCACGACCACCAGCGGCAUUAUGUACGUCAAUAACGUAAUUCUGAGGGAGAAGAUCAAGGACGUGCUGCUGGGGAUGGUGGCACGCACGAAGGUGAAGCGGAUAGGCACGAAUUUUGAGAGAAACCUGUGCCAGUACGUGAACGAGUGCGUUGAUGGACAGGUCGACCCGGUGGGCGACUUCAGCAAUUGGCUGCGGUUCGUUAACAACGUGAACUACGAUGACGGGGUGUACCACGAUGUGCUGAAGUACGAUGUUACAGCACAGCAACCGUGAUUGACAGGGCGGUGGUGGUACUGAGCGGUAUUUCGUGAAAUACGGCCUGGUCGGUAAAAUGAGUUUUGAUAGAACGGAUUUUCAUUGUGGAGCGAUCGUAUCGCUUCGUU